AUGUUUAGGUUUGGUAGCAGUUUCUUGAUUUCUGUAUAUGGGUUCAUGCUCAAGAGUUUUUGGCUCAUCGCCAAAUAUGUAUACAGAUCAAAAGGGAAGAAUGGUUCAAGUUUCAAGGCCGAUCGUUCUCAGAGUGAUGGUGAUCAAGUUGUGUCCAAGAAUUCCGAGAAUUUUGAGACCAAUGGUUUAGCAGAAAAAAAGAAUUUAGAGAGCUCUGUUUCUUUGCAAAGUGCCAUCGUUGCAAACACUAGUAAGUAUCAAUUCAUUUCUAGCAAAAAUGUCAGUGAACUCGCGGAAGAAGUGAAAACUAUGAAAUUUGAAAUGUUUGUGGGUUCAAAUGAGGGUAUUGUUAGUACUAAUCAAUGUCUUGAUAGUGAAUUUUUGCGAAAACAAGAACUUUUAGAGGUGAAUUCACAAGAAAGUUUUCAACGAGUUGAUGAGGAAAUACAGGAGGAAAAGGUCUCAAAUGAGGGUUUUGAUUGUACUAAUCAAUGUCUAGAUAGUGAAUUCUCGUUAAAACAAGAUUCUUUCGAGGUGAAUUCACAAGAAAAUUUGAAACAACUUGAUGAGCAGGAAAUACAGGAGGAAAAGGGAAAACUAUAUUUUGCUGAAUAUGAGAAUCUCAGGGAUGAGGGGAUAGUUUCUGUGGAAGUUGAAUCUAUGGAGGAUCAAGAUUUUGCAUAUGAAAUUGAAUUGCUUCCACAGAACCAAUUAUCAACUUUUGAGAUAAACCAACAUUCAGAAGGUCCUGGAACCGAAAAUGAAUUGCUUACAUGGCAUGAAUUCUCGACUUCUGAUCUGAAGCAAGGUUCAGAUGCUGCUGAAAAUGAAGCAGAAAUGCUUGAGGAGUUCUUUCGAAGAACUCGAAAGUUUGUUGAGUCGGGUAAUAAUGUGAUCCUCCACAGACAUGAUCCAAGAAUAGCCAAAGAUAUAGGAACAAGUAAAACUGCAGAAGAAUGCGAUAUUGAUGAUCCAGGCUUUUCUAUUAGGAGUUCAGUCGUAAUCUCAGAAUGUUUAGAAGAUAGUGAUAAUGAGUACAUUGAAUUGGAGCCUUCGGUGGUGAACUCAAAGGAUAUUGACAAAGAAAGUCUUUACAAAAUGGAGGAAUCACGUGAAGUCGAGAGCAAAGUGUUGUCAUUCGUUGACAGUUCACAAGAAGAGGCUUCACACAGUAAGUCGUGGGAUUCAGAUUCAGAGGAUGAAGAUGAAUGUGAUAUCCUGUUGGAACACCAGCAUUUAGUACAACAGAUGAAAAUGGAGCUAAAAAGUUCCAGAAUCAAAGGGCUUCCAACUAUAUUAGAAGAAUGUGAAACUCCUAAGAUAGUAGAAGAUUUAAAGCCUCUAAAAAUUGAUCAUAAGUUUGAGUACAAAGAUAUUAUGGAGGAAAUUCAGAAGUUUUACAAGAGCUACAAAGAACGAAUGCGCAAAUUGGACAUCUUGAAUUACCAGACUUUACAUGCUAUCAGUUUCCUCCAGCUAAAGGAUUCGGAAGUAUUUACCACGGUCAAGAAAAAAUCAGCGUUAACACUAAAACCAACUUGGCCAAUGAAAGGAAAGAGAGUUUAUGUUGAUCCAACACUUAAAUCAAUUAUAGAAAUGCAUCAGGACUUAGAAUUGGUGUAUGUUGGACAACUUUGUCUUUCGUGGGAAAUUCUCUGCUGGCAGUGUGUAAAAGCAAAAGAGUUGCUCGAAUAUGAUGCUCUGGAGUUUCACUCUUACAAUCGAGUGGCUGAGGAAUUUCAACAGUUUCAAGUACUCAUGCAAAGAUUUAUGGAAGAUGAACCGUUUCAAGGUCCCAGAAUUCAAAACUACGUGAAGAACCGGUGCUUGAUUCAAAGUCUUCUUCAUGUCCCAAUCAUCAAAGAUGAUUGUUUGGAGGAUAAGAAGGAAAGAAGAGAGGAAACAGAUGCAAUUUCACUUGAAUUGUUAACAGAGAUCAUUAGGGGAUCAAUGUUAAUUUUCUGGGAAUUUCUUUAUGCUGAUAAGAACAUGAACACUACUGUCUCAAAGGGUGUUCAAGGAGCUAAAAUUGAUCAUCAAGAACCCGCAGAUUCAGAGCUUAUAAUGGAUAUUAUAACCAACCUUCAGAAGAAGGAGAGAAGACUCAAAGAAAUAGCAAGAAGUCGUAAUUGCAUAGUGAAGAAGUUUCAAAAACACCAAGAAUGUCAGUCGAAUAAUGCGCUUUCCACUUCUCGGGUGGAGUUGAGAUUAGUAUCAAGAGUCCUGAGUUUGUCAAGAUUAACGACGGAUCAAUUAGUAUGGUGCCAGAAAAAACUCAACAACAUUAAUUUUGAGAGAAGGAAGGUCCAUGUGGAGUCUUCGUUUUCACUUUUUCCUUGCUAA